AUGAUCUUUGGUCCAGGACGAUCUGGAUCUCUGGAGAUUGCGGUUCACUUGUUCGGAUCUUUGGAUAAGGUGCUGAGAACUUCCGCUGGUGUUCUUUUCUUCGGUUCUUGUGUGGGCUUUCGGACGUGA